AAGCGGCGGUUGUGCAGGCCACGUCCCGCCUCCCUUCUCGCUUUCUCCCUCCCUCGACCAUCCCGGCUCUCUCAAGCGACUUGCGCUGAGAGGUAAAUACAAGCAGAAUCUCAAAAUGGCGGAGCCGCCGAGUCCCCUGCGAGGCGCGAUGGUGGCGCCGCCGCUGCCGCUACCGCCGCAGCCGCCGGAGCCCUUCGCUUCCACUCUGGCGGCAGAAGUGCGGGCCUCUUCGCGGGGCUUCCAGCCAGCCGCCAAACGCAUGAAGGGAGCCGAGGAGCGCGGCCUCAAGGGCCCGAAGCGCGUCAACGGCGAGGGUGGCGGUAGCAAUAGGCGGCAGCCACCGCCGCCGCCUCACAUCCCAGUGGCGCCAACCGCCGUCGCUCACGGCAACUCAGCCGUGUGGAGCUUUGCGGCGUUUUCCGCGGCCGCAGCCGCCGGUGGCACCAGCAGCGGCGCGGCCGGCGGGUCCUUGGUUUUCCCGCCUCAGCUGCCCCACAAGUUGCUCUUGCCGCCGCCCUCUUCCCACUCCCACCAUUGCUUGGCCGCAGGCGUGGAUGGAGGCGGCGGCGGCGGCAAGAUUAAGCGGCCCAAGGAAAAAAGGGACAAGGAUAAGAAGAAACUAGCCGGACUGCCCCUCGUGGGGGCGGCAGGAGCAGGAGGAGCAGGCGGAGGGCUGAGCGCGGCUGGUCGGGAGGAGAACGGCGAGGUGAAGCUGCUACCUCAGCAGCGGCACCACCAUCACUGCCAAGAGGAUCAAAUUGCCAGAGAUAAAAUUACAGAAAGGGACAAGGAAAAGCAAAAAGAAAAGAAGAAACACAGAUUCAUAUCUGAAAUCAAGAAAGAAAAUGGAGAGAUGAAAUUAUUUCAGAAAGGUAUGAAGGAGAAACCAAAAAGCAGUGCAGAAGAUCUACAGAUUAAAAAAGUGAAGAAGAAAAAGAAAAAGAAACACAAAGAGUGUGAGAAAAGGAAGCGUCCAAAAAUGUAUAGUAAAUCUAUUCAGACCAUCUGCUCAGGAUUGCUUUCUGAAGUUGAAGAUCAAGAUUCCAAAGGCAUAGUUGAUAAUCAUCUUAAGGAUUUCAAUGGAAAAAAUAUGGAUCCCAAGAAGGACUCUGAUUGCAAGAUACCAGAGAACAGUGAGUUUCCAUUUGUCUCGUUAAAGGAGCCACGGGUUCAGAAUACACUCAAAAGGUUGGACACAUUGGAGUUCAAACAGUUCAUUCAUGUUGAGCACCAGCCUAAUGGAGGUGCUUCAGUUAUCCAUGCCUACAGUAAUGAACUCUCCCACUUGUCUCCUGUGGAGAUGGAGAGAUUUGCAGAAGAGUUUGUGGGUCUGGUUUUUAGUGAAAAUGAAAACUGCGCAGCUUACUAUGUAAUGGGUAUUGUUCAUGGGGCAGCUACUUACUUACCUGACUUUUUAGACUACUUUUCGAUUAAUUUUCCCAAUUCACCAGUGAAAAUGGAGAUUUUGGGAAAGAAAGAUAUAGAGACGACAACUAUGUCAAAUUUUCACGCUCAGGUAAAAAGAACAUAUUCCCAUGGUACAUAUAGAGCUGGCCCAAUGAGACAAAUCAGUUUGGUUGGAGCAGUGGAUGAGGAAGUAGGGGACUACUUUCCAGAGUUCCUUGAUAAGCUGGAAAAUUCACCUUUCUUAAAAUGUACUUUGCCAUGGGGGACACUUUCUAGUCUGAAACUAGAGAGUCGUAAAGAUAGCGAUGAUGGUCCCAUUAUGUGGGUGCGUCCAGGAGAACAAAUGAUACCUGUGGCAGACAUGCCAAAGUCACCUUUCAAAAGGAAACGAACUACCAAUGAAAUAAAAAACCUACAGUACCUACCUCGUACUAGUGAGCCUCGUGAAAUGCUCUUUGAAGACAGGACUAGAGCCCAUGCAGAUCACAUAGGACAAGGCUUUGAACGACAGACAACAGCUGCUGUAGGAGUAUUAAAGGCAGUGCAUUGUGGAGAGUGGGUGGAACAGCCUCGAAUAACCAAAGACGUAAUUUGUUUUCAUGCAGAAGAUUUCUUAGAGGUAGUUCAACGAAUGCAGUUAGACUUGCAUGAACCUCCACUCUCACAGUGUGUCCAAUGGGUGGAUGAUGCAAAACUUAACCAAUUACGAAGGGAAGGCAUUAGGUAUGCCAGAAUACAGUUGUACGAUAAUGAUAUUUAUUUUAUUCCAAGGAAUGUUGUGCAUCAGUUUAAAACAGUUUCAGCUGUGUGCAGUUUGGCUUGGCAUGUUCGGCUCAAGUUGUACCACUCAGAGGGAGAACAUAAAACCAUCCAUGAGAAAGGCCCACCAACAGAGCCCACAUCUUCAGUGCUGGGACUUCAGACUGACAGUGUAAUCCAUGCAGAAAACAAAAAUUCCUCCGAAGAAACCAAAUUUUUAGGCAAUCUACACUCUAAAUAUGUAAAACAGGAAUUUUCAUGCACACAUCCUGAACCUGCUGCAUCUCACUGGAUUAAAGAGGAGCCAAUGAAAGUUAAUCUUCCAGAAAAGACAAUGGCCCCGAGUGCCACGGAAUAUCAGAAUGUUAAUGCAAAGCUGGGUCACGUUCAGUCUGAAACUGACUCAGAAUUUGAACCUGAUGACAAAGACUUGCAGGACAGCUUGUGCCCGGAGGAUCGCAUGAAUCUGGAGGACACAAGACAGAGCAGUCCAGCAUAUUGAAGUCUGCAUGGCAAGAGAGAAGAGGACUUUUUGUGUUGAAAUUGUUUGUAUAUAUGUUUGUAAAUUGCUUUUAAAACCUAAUGACAUAAUAAUGUAAAGAUGCUUAAAUUCUGUGAGGUAAGUUUGGUACUUACCUUCACAUCUGUUACAGAAAAUAGUUUAUGUAGCUUUGUAACAUUCCUCAGUGCCUGUCCAUAACUGUGAAAGUAUCAAAGCACUUAGGGCCAGAUGCACUGUAAACACUGCAGGUGUAACAUAAAGAAGUCUUUAAAUAUGAGUUGUAGGUUUUAGAGUAGAGCUGACAUUUAACAUAUAUUUUUUGUAUGAUGAGCCAGAAUUCUUUUUGACAAUU